AUGGCCCAACUAUACUACAAAAAGGUAAACUACUCACCAUAUAGAGACCGGAUUCCCUUGCAAAUUGUGAGGGCCGAGACGGAACUAUCUGCAGCAGAGAAGGCCUUUCUCAAUGCAGUAGAGAAAGGAGACUAUGCCACCGUGAAGCAAGCCCUACAGGAGGCUGAAAUUUACUACAAUGUCAAUAUCAACUGCAUGGAUCCUUUGGGCCGGAGUGCCCUCCUCAUUGCCAUUGAGAAUGAAAACUUGGAGAUCAUGGAACUAUUGCUAAACCACAGUGUUUAUGUAGGUGACGCAUUGCUCUAUGCCAUCCGUAAAGAAGUGGUGGGUGCUGUGGAGCUUCUGCUCAGCUACAGGCGGCCCAGUGGAGAGAGGCAGGUCCCAACUCUGAUGAUGGACACCCAGUUCUCUGAGUUCACACCAGAUAUCACACCCAUUAUGCUGGCCGCCCACACCAACAACUAUGAAAUCAUCAAAUUGCUUGUUCAGAAACGGGUCACUAUCCCAAGGCCCCACCAGAUCCGCUGUAACUGUGUGGAGUGUGUGUCCAGCUCAGAGGUAGACAGCCUGCGUCACUCCCGCUCCAGACUGAACAUCUAUAAAGCUCUGGCAAGCCCUUCACUCAUUGCUUUGUCAAGUGAGGAUCCCAUCCUAACCGCCUUCCGCCUAGGCUGGGAGCUCAAGGAGCUAAGCAAAGUGGAAAAUGAGUUCAAGACUGAGUAUGAGGAGCUCUCCCAGCAAUGCAAGCUAUUUGCCAAAGACCUACUAGACCAGGCUCGGAGUUCCCGGGAACUAGAGAUCAUCCUCAAUCACAGAGAUGACCACAGUGAAGAACUUGACCCUCAAAAGUACCAUGACCUGGCAAAACUGAAGGUAGCAAUCAAAUACCACCAGAAAGAGUUUGUAGCUCAGCCUAAUUGCCAACAAUUACUUGCCACUCUGUGGUAUGAUGGAUUCCCUGGAUGGAGGCGAAAACACUGGGUAGUCAAGCUUCUGACUUGCAUGACCAUUGGGUUACUGUUUCCCAUGCUGUCUAUAGCAUAUCUAAUCUCACCCAGGAGUAACCUUGGGUUGUUCAUCAAGAAACCCUUUAUCAAGUUCAUCUGCCACACAGCAUCAUAUUUGACCUUCCUCUUCAUGCUUCUACUGGCUUCUCAACACAUCGUCAGGACAGACCUCCACGUACAGGGGCCUCCUCCAACUGUUGUGGAAUGGAUGAUAUUGCCUUGGGUUCUCGGUUUCAUUUGGGGGGAGAUUAAGGAAAUGUGGGAUGGAGGAUUUACUGAAUAUAUCCAUGACUGGUGGAACUUGAUGGAUUUUGCAAUGAACUCACUGUACCUGGCAACUAUUUCCUUGAAGAUUGUGGCCUAUGUCAAGUAUAAUGGUUCUCGUCCAAGGGAAGAAUGGGAAAUGUGGCACCCAACUCUGAUUGCAGAAGCACUCUUUGCGAUAUCCAACAUUUUAAGUUCCUUGCGUCUCAUAUCCCUAUUCACAGCCAACUCCCACUUAGGGCCUCUGCAGAUUUCUUUGGGGCGCAUGUUGCUUGAUAUCCUCAAAUUCCUCUUUAUCUACUGCCUGGUACUGCUGGCUUUUGCCAAUGGAUUGAACCAGCUUUACUUUUAUUAUGAGACCAAAGCGAUCGAUGAGCCUAACAACUGCAAAGGGAUCCGGUGUGAAAAACAGAACAAUGCCUUCUCCACGCUCUUUGAAACCCUUCAGUCACUCUUCUGGUCUGUAUUUGGCCUUUUAAAUCUCUAUGUCACCAAUGUGAAAGCCAGGCACGAGUUUACAGAGUUUGUGGGAGCUACCAUGUUUGGGACAUACAAUGUCAUCUCCCUGGUAGUGCUGCUUAACAUGCUGAUCGCCAUGAUGAACAACUCCUACCAGCUUAUUGCCGAUCAUGCAGAUAUCGAGUGGAAGUUUGCAAGGACGAAGCUCUGGAUGAGUUACUUUGAUGAAGGUGGUACCUUGCCACCUCCUUUCAACAUUAUCCCUAGCCCCAAGUCAUUUAUAUACCUUGGUAACUGGUUCAACAAUACAUUCUGCCCCAAGAGAGACCCUGAUGGUAGACGAAGACGACACAACCUGAGAAGCUUCACAGAACGCCAUGCUGACAGCUUCAUACAGAAUCAACAUUACCAGGAGGUUAUAAGGAAUUUAGUCAAAAGAUACGUGGCUGCUAUGAUAAGAAAUUCCAAAACAAAUGAAGGACUAACAGAAGAAAAUUUUAAGGAAUUAAAACAAGACAUCUCCAGCUUUCGAUAUGAAGUACUUGACCUCCUAGGAAACAGAAAACACCCAAGGAGAAGUUUUUCCACUAGCAGCGCCGAACUCUCUCAGAGGGAUGAUACCAAUGAUGGCACUGGUGGCGCACGGGCCAAAUCCAAAAGUGUCUCUUUCAAUGUGGGCUGCAAGAAAAAGGCCUAUCAUGGACCACCUCUCAUCAGAACCAUGCCAAGAACCAGUGGCACGCAAGGGAAAUCAAAAGCUGAAUCAUCAAGCAAACGCUCCUUUAUGGGGCCUUCUCUCAAGAAACUAGGUUUCUUAUUUAACAGGUUUAAUAAUGGUCAUUCAUCUGAACCUAGUUCAGAGCCAAUGUACACAAUUUCUGAUGGAAUCGUUCAGCAGCACUAUAUGUGGCAGGACAUCAGAUAUUCUCAGAUGGAGAAAGGGAAAGCAGAGGCAUGUUCUCAAAGUGAAAUUAACCUCAGUGCUGCAGAAUUAGGUGAAGCUCGGGGUACUGCUCAGACCAGUGAAUGCCCUCUAGCCUGUUCCAGCUCUCUUCAAUGCAUAUCCAGCAUUUGUUCCUCAAAUUCUAAACUUUUAGACUCCUCAGAGGAUGUAUUUGAAACUUGGGGAGAGGCGUGUGACCUGCUCAUGCACAAAUGGGGUGAUGGACAAGAAGAACAAGUUACAACUCGGCUUUAAGUCAAACCCCUAUCACCUGUUCUGGAACUCUGCAGAAUAUUUGUAAUUUCUUUGCUCUCAGAGGUGUCACAGAGUUAUGAUUGCCUCACUGCACCUGCCUAUCCCUCCUGCCUCUUAGAAAGGAGAACAACAAAAACUCCUAUUAUUUUCACUGUCUUUUAUAGCCACAUUUUCCAUUUUUUCCUUUUUUUAUUAUUGCUUUUUAUUAUUGUUUGCCUUUUUAUACCUAUAGACACUAAGUUCAUUUCACAACCAAUUGAAGGGGUAUUUUCCCCUUAUCAGGAGAGGUGCAGUCAGGUGCUUAAUCCUUUGGCUUUGCUUUUCUUACCCUUGCUUCCUUGAAGCUCCAGGUGCCACUUUGCUACUGUUGCUGCCGCACAGAUUCCUGACCUUCCUCAGGAUCUCAUACCAUUUCCCCACAGGGAUGAGGGACGUAUUCAGCAGUCCCCACCAGCUAUCAGAUAAGGCAAACUAACCUGCCUAUUUUUACCCUUCAGUGCUACACGCUGCCCAUCUGGUUCAAUGAACAGCAUCAAAGACUGAAUAGACUCCAAAGAAUUGUCAGCUUCUGGUUUCUAGGUAUAACUGGCCUUUUGUUGUUUUUAACAGUACAACUUCUCCUUAUUGUGAGGGCUGUCAGGUUGUUUCUUAAAGUUGUGUUAGUUUCCUAAUGUGUGACAAUGAAUAUAUACCCCAUAGUAUAUGUCAUAACUAAUAAGUUAGUGGAUUUCUUUCCUGUGUUUGUGUAUUUAAGUUAACUUGCUAAAUUUUAAACUUUGAUAGUACUGAGAUUAGUAUUUAGGAUGUGUACUGUUUUUAAAAGAACUUCUAUUGCACUCUAACGAAUAGUCACUACAUCUCAUACACUUGCAAGUAAAAGUAAUUAGCUGGUAUAUUUACUGGGUCCUAUCUACUGUUGAUAGUUUUAAUCAUCAUGGCUAUCAAAGCAUUUCUAAGACUAAAACCUGGAUUUGAAAAUAUUUUUAUCAAAAUGAUAUUGAGAUAUCAAAAUAUAAAAAGAACAUCUUCAUUUUAAAUAACUGGUUUAUGAUGAAAAACAACAAAAACAUUAGGUCUAGAUAACCUGAUUCAUGUUGCAGUUUUAAUAUUCAUUGGGGGCAGUGAAGUUGCAUGUGUAAAUUUAUUUUAGGUAUAUAACACUAGUGAAUUUGUGUAAUUAUAAACAUUAUCCAAAUUCUAUUCUUUUCAAAGAGAGCUGCAUUUAUACAUCCUAACAAAUUCUUUUCCAUGGCUUUGAGUAACUCAUCAGAAUACACAGCUGUAGGUUAAAAAAAAAGACAUUUAAGUCCACAAUGCAUAUGGUAAUUAUGUUAGACCAGUAACCAGUCAUAACCUGCUAAAUAAGGAUAGUCUUGAUCAUCAUUGAUCAAAAGGUAUCCCCAUUUAUACUCUACCAUAUUACCUGAAAUGACCCUACGAGGUUAAAUUAACAGCCUACCAAAGAAAG